CGCCCCGGGCUGAAAACAGCUCGAUUUCAGUUGGAUUUCAGCAGCGGAGCAGACCAGUCGGUUCGCGAUCAGUGCAAAUAAACAGAUCCACGUGCCGAGCAUAGAAACUAGCCAGUGAAUACAUCACCAGAUCGGCAAUAAAACACGCAGUGACUGAUAAGAGUGCAGGCAAUAAAAUAAAAACAAAUCAGAUAGACAAAAUACGGCACUACGGAUACAGGCAUUUCUAAACAGCCAAGAUGAUGUCACAUACUGUGAGGGUCUUCAAGAUGAUGUACAUUGUGGCGGGCAUCCUCAUCAGCAAUGCGGAGAUCUGCGACACAGUGGACCGCAUCCAAAUAGCGCCACGCGUCGACCUCAAGCCGGAAUACGAUCAGAAGUACUUGACCUCCGGAGGCAAUAGCCCCGGCUCCCGAUCCCGCACCCACUCUCGACAGAAUUCCGGAAGCGGGUCCGGGUCGGAGGAAGGAUCCCCCACCAAGCGGCGGAGAGUCAGCGUUUCCGGUAUCGCGGGGGGCGUGGUCAGGGGCGUCACUAGCCAGGUCACCAAGAGAGUGGGCCACCGCUUCGUCUGGCUAUCCGACAUCCGGCUCAUCCUCCGGCAAUGGCGACUCCUGGCCCUCAGCUUCAACCUCUGGACCAUUCCCAACUUCUUGGUGCAGUGCCUCACCAGCUACAUGAGCAAGAAGCUGCUCAUCAAUAGCGACUGUGAUAUGAUCUACAAGUAGGAUUAGGAUAUGGGAUAUUGAGUAGUAGGACAGCGCACCGAGAGGUUGCAAUUUAUUGUUACUUUAGUUUUUACAUAGCUUUAAGAUCUGAAUAAACAACUGCUAGACAUAGAUAAAGAUA